AUGACAGCCCCGGCUUGUCGCCGCUGGACAAGGUGGCCUCAGCAGCCACACAGCAUCGAUCGUGCCCGGCAGGGAGGUGUGCCACCACGGGGCUGCCAUGACGCGGACAUCCUGGCGGCGUUUGACGAUGCCAUCGCCGACGUCGACGUCAUCUCCUACUCUAUCGGUGAUGUGGUCCCGUCGCAGUACUUCAUGGACGCCGGCGCCAUGGGCUCCUUCCACGCCAAGAGGCGCGGGGUUCUCACGUCUGCCGCUGCCGGCAACUCCGGGUUCGAUGGCGGCCACGUCUCCGACGUCGCGCCGUGGAUGCUGUCCGUCGGGGCCAGCAGCAUCGAUCGUAGUUCUUGUGAACCACAAGGUCUGGGCGGUGGUUCGUACAAAGGGAAGAUCGUCCUCUGCCCGGCUGACAACGGCAGCCUUAACGAUGGCACAGGUCCGCUCAUGGCAGGAGCAGCUGGCGCCGUCAUCGUCGGCUAUUACCCCAACCUUGCCCUAAAUGUGAUUCUCCCCGCGCUCAUGGUGACUCAGGACCAGUUUGACGAAAUCCUGGCCUAUAUGAAAAGCAGCAGCUGA